UUCAUAUCAUCAUAUGGAAAUACAGUAAAAGAAUAUGGUGCACAUGAAUCAUGAUCCUUCAUCAUCAUCAUCUUCUACACCAUUGCAAUACAAUCCACUCUCUCUUCCCACUUCAUAAUUGCAUGCAUCCUAUGGCGAAACCCUAGGUCAUAGCAGCAAGGUAAACGCACGCGUAAUAUUUUGGUUGGAUAUAUCAUAUAUGGCUUGUUUGAGCAACGACACUCGCUUUGCUCUCAUCCAAAUGCUCUCAACCCGGAACAAAGAGGAGACCCCUCCCGAUAACUACGGGCCCACCCCCCCGCCGCCGGCCAUGGCUGAGUUCCGGCUGGAGAAGGUCUUCCCGGUUUACGCAGUCGGAGUUUCGGAACCCGACCCGAACCUGGUUGUCUCGCUCGCCAAUUCGGGUAGGGGAGUUGGCGACCCUAUAUGGGAUGCCGUUCGAGAAGAAGCCAAGUCAGAGGUAGAGAAGGAGCCCAUAUUGAGUAGCUUUCUAUAUGCGAGUAUUUUGUCGCACAAUUGCCUGGAGCAGGCGUUAGGUUUUGUUCUUGCGAACCGGCUGCAAAAUCCCACGCUUUUGGCAACACAGUUGUCGGACAUAUUCUGUGGUGUAAUGUUGCAUGAUCGAGGGAUCCAACGUUCCAUUCGAAUGGAUAUACAAGCAUUCAAAGAUAGGGACCCCUCUUGUUUGUCAUACUGUUCUGCUUUAUUGUACCUUAAGGGUUACCAUUCGUUGCAAACACAUAGAGUUGCACAUGCAUUGUGGAAUCAGGGGCGCAAAGUCCUCGCACUGGCAUUGCAAAGUCGAGUCAGUGAGGUUUUUGGGGUUGACAUUCAUCCAGCUGCACAAAUCGGAGAGGGCAUCCUUCUCGAUCAUGCUACAGGUGUAGUCAUUGGGGAAACUGCCGUCGUUGCAAAUAGAGUUUCAAUAAUGCAGGGUGUGACCUUGGGAGGUACCGGGAAAGAAAUUGGCGAUCGCCAUCCAAAAAUAGGCCAAGGUGCACUUAUUGGAGCUAGUGCAACUAUCCUUGGGAACAUAAAAAUAGGAGAAGGUGCGAUGAUAGCCGCCGGUUCACUCGUAUUAAAAGACAUUCCUCCCCACAGCAUGGUGGCGGGAAUACCUGCAAAAGUGAUUGGUUAUGUAGAAGAUCAAGAUCCAUCUUUGACAAUGAAACAUGAUGCUAGCAAAGAAUUUUUUGAACAAAUUGCUGGACGGUUCCCUGCAACGUGAUUCAACGAUUUGAUUGUUCGUUGAUUCCCUACACGACGAAGCUUAUGUAAUCCGAUUCGUGGCUUCUUUACAGGAAGUGUUGGGUCAUAUGCAGGCUAGGGAGUAUGGAUUCAUGAAUGCAGAUAACUGCAUUUCCCCACUCGCUUCAAUGGGGGUGAAAAUGAUCUCGGGUUUUCACCUUGGUAAAUAUAGGGCGAUGAAGAAGAAUAAAAGAAUAAAGCUUGUUACAGAUUGGAAACAGCACUAAUCAGUUGUAUUUUCUGCAAAAGAUGAUGUACUUUUUAUUCCAGUGGAUAGCUGCACUUCUCCCUUUUCUGUAGUAUAGUUGAUGCAAUUCAAUGUUAAUGGACAUAGGGAAAAUUAUGUCAUC